CUUUUCUUUAAUUGGGUAGAGAUGAUCUGUACUGUGAUUGGGCAGUGGCUUAGUAUGCGGAUCCUCGCUAAACGUUCAAACAAUCCCCCACCAUCUCACAAUUUCGAAAAUUUUAAUCUUCAACUUAUUAUCGACAAAUUUACGCAAAUCCUCACCAUUAGAACUUCAUCAAUUCUACUGGAAGACUGUCAUCAUGUCUAAAAUCACAGUCGGUAUGUUUGUUUUAUCCCGCAGUUCUUCGCGAAUAAGCCUUUUGUCGAAAGCAUCAAUUGAAACAAAUAUUAACUUUUUCACCUCGCAGCCGGAGUGCGUACCAACGUACAAAGUCUUCUUGAGUACUCUCUCGAGACCAAGAAGAGAAACUUCCUCGAGACCGUUGAGCUUCAAAUCGGUCUCAAGAACUAUGACCCCCAACGUGACAAGCGUUUCUCCGGAACCGUCCGUCUCCCAGUCGUUCCCCGCCCAAACAUGAGCAUCUGGUAUGUCCGCGAAAUCGAAUAUAUAUAAUAUGGGAGGCAAAGUCUGAUGAUGGAUAGCAUUCUCGGUGAUCAACACGAUAUCGAUCGUGCCAAGCACGGUGGUGUUGAUGCCAUGUCCGCCGAUGACUUAAAGAAGCUCAACAAGAACAAGAAGUUGAUCAAGAAGCUCGCACGCAAGUACGAUGCUUUCGUCGCAUCCGACACCUUGAUCAAGCAAAUUCCUCGUCUCUUGGGUCCCGGUCUUUCCAAGGGUUAGUUUCAUCCCUUUCUCGAUCCCGAGUAUUUUUUACUAACAUUUCCUUCCACAGCUGGUAAAUUCCCAACCCCAGUCUCUCACAACGAAGAUCUUAGCGGUAAGAUCAACGAAGUCAAGUCCACCAUCAAGUUCCAAUUGAAGAAGGUCUUGUGUAUGGGUGUCGCUGUCGGAAACGUCGAGAUGACUGAGGAUCAAUUGAUCUCCAACAUCAUGUUGGCCAUCAACUACCUCGUCUCUUUGUUGAAGAAGGGAUGGCAAAACGUUGGCAGCUUGACCAUCAAGGCAUCUAUGUCUCCACCCAAGCGCCUCUACUAGAUUACUCUUCUCUUUAUUGAGCAAGUAGUAAGGAAUGAAAAUAUUGCGGGUAGCUAGCUGAAAACUCAAUACAAGCAAUAA